CCAAUUUUGGAAUAGCGAAUUAUUCGAACGAAUCCGUGCAGAAGACGUUUGAAAACGACGGAUAGAGGUCACUGGACCAAGACGGGUAUAAGUUGACUGUUUGUUUCUGAAAAGUGGCUGUACAGAAUGCAAUUCCACGCCUUUGCCUUCAAGAUUGCUCUCCUGUUGUCAAGUUUAGCUGUCAACGCACAACUAAUUCAGUCGGAUCGGUUGCAGCCGAUGAAAGGAGAUGACAUGAGAAUAUACGAAGAAGAGUUGAACAUUUUAAGAAUACAUAACAAUGAAAUACUAUUUAAUAGAGUUCACGAGACGGCGCUACAGCAUUUAGACGAUAUCACGCAAUUAGAAGACGUUCACGAUACCUAUGAAUUCACACCUUUCACGCAGCAGUCCUAUGAAAACGCAAGUCUGGCGUGCAUCAAUGACACCAUUCACUACGUUAAAGACAUUCUGCGUGGCGAGAGUUAUGCCAUGCGCAUGUUUGAUUCGAUCGGAAAGCCGCCAGCGGGCAUCUUAGAAGGCAAUUACAUGUGGGUCGGCUCUUCGGUGGAAUGUCGACGAGUGGUAGAUGUCCAAACAUACAAUUCUUCGUUCAGUGGAAAGUAUUGUAUUGCUGCCUUUCCUAUGAGCUCAGAGUUGGUUCUGCAACCUCAAGUGGAACUUGGCCUAUGCCUGCCAGAUAGCUGUGAUAAUACAGAUGUGCUGGUAUUGAUCAACGCAGGACUUGGAUUAGUUCCAGUCCAGGGUCUGCGAGCAUCGUCUGUUAUUUGUAUCGAGGAGUCGUCGUUAUCGACAGGAGCCAUCGUCAUGAUAGUCGUCAUUGGAGUAUUGCUGUAUCUAAUGGCAGUUGGUACCGGAUAUGACGUAUAUGUGAAAUACCUACAGAGAGACAGCGGCACUCAAUUGCCCGUUUUUACAAGAAGCAAUAUUCAAAACGAUGUGAGAGACCACGCAGAAGUAUCCCCUCUUUUGAAACCCGAGGAUGAUCAAGAUGUAGAAGAAGAUGUAUCUGCUCUACUGAAACCUGUGCCGGAAGAAAACGAACAUUAUGAAGACACCCACUCAGUAAUACACGAUGAACAAAGAGCUAAGACAUUGUCACCACGUCCAGGAACUUUGGUCCAAUGUAUACUUGCGUUCUCUGUGCUGGAGAACGGUGGGAAGAUAUUAGACACCACGCAUGCGUCAGGUACUUUGGCCGCUAUCCAUGGCGUCCGCGUGCUUAGUAUGUGGUGGGUCAUCUUGGGUCAUAGCUAUAGUUCGCUUUUUGGGUUUUCUGAUAACAUAUCCGUCUUACCGGAAGUAUUAAAAAGGUUUACUUUCCAAGCAAUCUCGAAUGCAACAUUUUCCGUUGAUACGUUCUUUUUCUUAAGAUUAACCCCAGUCUAUAUGUUCAUAAUAUUUUUCUCGACGUACUUAUUACCAUAUAUUGGCGAUGGUCCAUAUCAAGCUAUGAACUCCGUAAUCGAAGACCCGUGUAAAACGAAUUGGUGGACUAAUCUGUUGUACAUUAAUAACCUCGUACCAUGGCCUGGGAUGGAACAGUGUUACGGCGUGGCAUGGUAUCUCGCAAAUGAUAUGCAAUUUCACGUGGUUUCUCCUAUAAUAAUAAUCUUGCUUGUAAGGUGGCGCUAUUCGGGAUUUGGACUACUUACAGUAUUGAUGGGAUCAACGCUUGCCGCAAGAGUUGCAACGGGAGUUCAUUACGACCUCACCUCAUCAAUGAAUUCUGUACUGGACCCCAAUAUUACUGGUGGAACAUAUUUUCUGAUGUCGCCAUACAUGUAUACUAAACCAUGGACACGUAUCGGCACAUACCUCACAGGUAUGGCUGUAGGGUAUGCUUUAGUCAAGACGGAGUGCAACUUUAAAAUACCCAGGGCUGUUAAUCUCAUCUGUUGGAUGGCGGCUUGGGUAGUAGCCCUGUCUGUAUUGUAUGGUUUAUAUGGUACAUUUCACGGCGUUGAGCUGUCAAGGGGAGUUGAUAUAUUAUAUUUGACUAUAUGCAGAGUAGCAUGGUCAAUUGCUAUUGGGUGGCUGACGUUUGCUUGCCUUACUGGUAACGGAGAUCUACAUAUAUAUUGCGGGUUUGGUGAUUUCAUACUGUUUGGCAUUUGUUGUAUCUCUGAUGGCAGAAGCGCCCAUGAUGAGGCUGGAAAAGAUACUGUUACGAAAAGACAAGAGCAUAUAAUAGGAGUUGUAUCAAACUAUGCGUCGUAUUCAUUCCAUUAA